AUGUGGCCGUCUCAAGCCUCCGGUAUACAGAUCAGUGACGAGGUUGUGAAGGGCUUCCAAGAGAUUCGCACCCGCCAUCAGGGCAGUGAUCCAAAUGAAAGGUACAAACUGCUUGUCUUCCGUGUUAGUGAUGACGAGAAAUUCAUAAUCGUGGACCAAGAAGUCUCUCUGAAGAUGAAGGAUCUGAAAGAUUCUGAAGACAUCUUCAAGUCGAUCGUUAAUGUGUUUCCAACAAAUGAGUGCCGCUACGCCUUGUACGACUGUACCUAUGAGAACAAGGAGAGUGUAAAGGAGGACCUUGUAUUCAUAAUGUGGGCUCCUGAAACUGCACCACUUAAGAGCAAAAUGGUGUAUGCCAGCUCAAAGGGUUCUCUCAGAUCCAAGCUACAAGGGCUGAAAAUUGAAUGGCAAGUGAAUGACCUUUCAGAUAUUAAAGACACAAGUGCUUUUUUGGAGAAGUUGGGAGGACGGCAGUCAAUCAAGUCACUGGAGGGGAAGACUCUGUAA